GUUAAUGGUCACGCAGUCGACGCGCCCCUAAACACUACAAGUCAUCAUUACGCUUACAGCCGGAGAGCUGCUUUAGUUGGCAGUCCAGAGCACUAGGUCACAAGUCAAAGAUUCGUCGCAAACAUGGGCGCAUCGCCGUAAUUUGUUUCGUAGAUUAUGCUGAGGACGUUUCGUAUAACGGCAGCGAGGGCAUGGUGCUGAAUAUCUUAAUACGCUAGAUAUGCAGAUACAUGAGAGGCGCCCUGACUACUCGGUACACGCCACUACAUUUCGAUUCUCACCUCCCGUUGUCAUUUCGCAUAUCCAGCUCUCGGCCGUCGGCAAAGAUUAAUCACCGAGAAAUCGGCAUAAAUUUAGACGGCGCCUGCGCGGCGGCCAGCCCGAUAUAACUACUAAACUUACCGAUGUGCUUUCCGUGUGUAGUGCCACAAGGCGAGCCGGCGAGGGUGGUCAGCUGACUGGCUACCAGCUGACUGCCGCUGCUCCUGGGGGCUCGCGCCGGCGGCUCGAGAGGACCGAGAAGCGCCGCCAGCCGAAGCGCAAGGCGGGUGAGCGGCGCGAACCGAGCGGACUGAGCGAAGCGAGAAGACGGUGCCGGGCGAAUAAACAUUGAGAGGCGGUGGCCGUUGGACUCCUCAGUGUCGUGACCGUCGGACCAGAUCGAGACGACUCAGCCAAGUCCGCGCACGGAGUCGUGAGGCCCGGCGUGACGUGACGCCGUUGCGGACCGCCUCGGCGCGAGGCGAGGCGCGAGGCGAGGCGCGAGGGGACGCAGUCGGCCCCCGGACAUGGUCUUCAACCCCGUGUCGUCGGUCCUGCAGCGCACCGUCAGUCUGCGCCGCAAGAUGCGGGGCAAGACGCGCGACGAGGGCCUCAAGACAGGCUGGCUGUACCGCGGCCAGCGGGGCGCCCUCUACGACACAGUGCCGCGGCCGCGCUCCGCCGACCUGGCGCCGGGCCGCGCCGGUCGCCGGCUGCCCGACGGCCGCACCGUGCUGCCGCUCAGCGGCCAGUGGGACAACCACGCGACGGUGCUGCCACCCGACAGCGGCGGCGGCAGGUACGCGGCCGUCAAGGUGGCUGUUGGGGACGUGCAGCGCUCCGGGCCGGUCUCCGUCAACGGCACCGUGCACUGCGCGCCGGACGCGGUCUGGAUCGGCCCCCCGCAAGACGCGUGGCACGGCGGCGACAGCUAUGACCGCGGACCUAGCGCCACCUAUACUAAUGACGGCAAAGAUAUCUAUAAUCACAAUGGUGGCGCUAUCUACUCGGACUCGGGCGCCACUACACAGGUGUACGUGAAUGGUGUGCACGUGCUGUGCAUGAACGACGGGCCGUACAACGAACGCAACAUCGACGAGGAGAUAGCGGCGCGCGCGCGUCGCGAGGGGGAGCCGCCGUACGCGCAGCCGCGCAAGCUGGCCGAGCGUGACGCGUGCAACAACUGGAUCCCGGCCGCCGACCCCGAGCUCCGCGCGGAGACUGGCUACUGCGUCAUGGUCCGCUCGCCGUGCCCGGCGUACCGGCCGCCGCCUGAGGUGACGCCACACCCGGUGGAGGUGACGUCACGAAAGAUUGAGUCGACGUCACGCUUCUCCGAGGUGACGCCACACGUGAGUGUGACGUCACACCGCGCCGAGGUGACGUCGAGCUCGGCGGACGCGUCGCCGCGGUCGGCGGCCGCGGAGCCCGGCCGGCCCGAGAGCUACGCCUGCCUGCGCCGCAGCUACACCAACUUCUACACGGAGGAGGAGCUGCGUGGGCUGGACAGCUCCGACCGAGACACGAUGCCUCGGCGGAGCAGGGUCGAGGAGCACGGACCGCUGCGGCGAACACGGAGGAGGUCCGGGUCGCUGGAGCCCUGCGAGUGCUCGGCAUGCUCCGACGAGUCAUUCGACUCAGACCCCUGCACUCAGGACUAG